CUUAAGCUUUCUUGUUUACUAGUCAGUGAAUCUAACUUAUUGUACUCGCUGUUUGCAUUGACAGAGAUAUAUACAUGGGAAAUCCUAAUGUCCCAAUCGGGUAUAGAUUUUCGCCUUCGGUCGAAGAAUCUCUGAAGGUGUAUUUGAAGAGGAAGAUUUUGAAUCAGGAGCUGCCUGUGGAUGUUAUUCCUAACGUCGACGUUUAUUCCUGUGGCAACCCACGGCAAAUUCCUUUCGGUGAGUUUAAACACGGGCCGGAUAAUGAAUGGCAAUUUUUCACGAACAAACGGAACGAGAAUCCCAUACAAACAACUUCUGGGCGAUGGGAAGAAAUUGGAGAUGAGGAAAUACAAGACGGCGACGAUGGAAGCAUUGGCUUCAUGAGAGAACUCGUUUUCAAGUAUUCGCACCCGGAAGGUAAAGAGAAGGAGAAGGAGUGGUACAUACAUGAGUAUAGAGUCACCCCUGCAAAUUUUACAGCUGAUGAACUUGUUGGUGACAAUGUACAAGAGAAGAUAUCAAAUUUGGUACUCUGUAAGGUUUUUUGCGAAGAAGAAAUUCCUCCCAGCAAGCCACCAACAAAUAGCAGCUCAGAUGAAGAAGACAUAGUUGAUGGGGCAAAUCCAUGAUCCUCGCUAACACAACCUAGAUAAUGUCGAGAUGUGC